AUGCUGCCCGUCCAGCAUGGCCAACUGGCCGAUGAUGGAGAUGAGGCAAACAAAGCGUGGACAGGGGAGAAGAGGCGCCGCAAGCACCUGCCCCCAUCAUCUUCCGAUGCUCCUGCCACUGCCCAGCACCAUGGAGACAUGGAGGGCACAAUCCAAGGGGGCCAAGAUCCGAAUCCUCAUGCGACAGACAUGGAGGACACCAUCCAAGCGGGCCAAGAUCCGAUUUCUCAUGCGACAGACAUGGAGGGCACCAUCCAAGCGGGCCAAGAUUAUGAUCUGCUGCUGAAAACAGAGCAGGCAAAAGAAGAAAGCGAGCAGUGUUUCGGGCCGUACUUCCUUCUCAGCAAGGAAGACCAGGCCAAGGAUCGUCAAUUUUUGCUUGCCAAUAUUCAGAAGGAGGACGAUUAUCCUACUGACCUGCCACUUUAUUUGACACCGGAGGAGCACAGCAAGAUAGAAGCGCGCCUUGCACGCUAUCGCGUCGCUUAUUACAAGGCUGUGAAUCCGGAGUGCGCAUGUGAGCUCAAGGAACCAGAUGAAUACACCGAUGAUGAGCUUCUUAACGAGUCGUACUUUGAUGGGUUAGAAGAUGAUGAAAGUUUUGAGUGGUACAUCCAUCCUGAAGACACCUACAACAUUGAAUUGAAUGACUACCAACGGAUUGUCCCUCGUAAUUUUCUGCCUGGUAGGAUUGGAAACCUGUACCGCUAUCAUGAUGAGUACCGCUCACGUUAUCAUACAUAUAAAAUUGAUGAUGUUUAUGUCAAGUACUAUGCAGAAAUUUCAAAGAAAAUCAAGUGGAUUGCAGAUUUUUUGCAUCUGGAUCGCAAGACUAAGGAUUGGAUAGAAUGGGAUACUAGAGCAUGGAGGCAAGCAUUGAGGAUUGCAACUGGCUUUCCCCAUAUGACUGAAAAAUUAACUGGUUAUGCUUAUGACAUAGGAUAUCUUGAGUACAUUACGGAGCUGGAAAUGGAUGCGUCCCUCAAGGACAUAGAUCUCCUCUAUUUUGAGAUCUGGAGGCUUGUCGCUAAAGAAAAUAGAACUUACAAAGAGGCUGUGAAGGAAGUUUAUGAGUCUGGCGAGUUCCCUGUACACAAAGCAAUACUACAUGCUGAACUCAAUGGGGGCCAUAUCUUUGUAACGAUGCAAGAAAUGAUUUACGCUGUUGUCCUGGAGGGUGGCAUUAAACUGACUGACGAAGAGAAGAAAGCUAGGGGUGUGUUUAGGAAGUUAUCUUUCAGCAUGCAUAAACCAUUGAACAUGGCUCAGUAUGCUCAGAAGAAGGUGGAGAUAGCAAAACAGUUGAAGUUGGACAAUGAGGAUGGAUUUGUUCCUUUUAGACCCUUUGGGUUCUGA